AUGACAGAUGUAUCAGAUCUUCACACUAGUUUAACAUUUGUUGAACUUACCACUGUACACUAUAGUGCAGAGGAUCCAUAUGGUUUGUUGAAUGCCUACAUCACAUUGACACCAUUGAUUAUUGCCGUCGGUGCGAUCACUCUUUUUGUAUUUAGACGUGAUCUUAGAACUGCUGCUGUUUUUGGUGGUCUAGUACUAAGUGAAUCAUUAAACUAUGUUUUAAAGAAAUCAAUCAAAGAACAUAGACCUGCUUUUUUCAGUAUGUAUUACCCUUACACCUCUUUAAAUCGAUAUUAUGUCGAGAUGCUAUCUUAUCUAUUUUUACAAUAUAAUAUUAAUAUUAAUGAUGAAUUAAGAAAACAAAGUUAUGGUAUGCCAUCUAGUCAUUCACAGUUUAUGUUCUUCUUUGCUACACUUAUGACACUCUUUUUGAUUAGAAGACGUAUUAAGAUUUGUCAAUAUCUUAGAAGUGUAAUUAUCAUAUUCCUCUAUUUCUUGGCAAUCAUGGUUGCAUAUUCAAGAUAUCAUCUUUACUAUCAUACAGCUAAACAAGUGAUCUUUGGAAGUAUUGUAGGAAUGAUUUUAGCACCAAUCUACUUCUGUCUUGUAGAAUUUAUUUUUGUACCACAUAUCUUCCCAUUACUCAUCAAUUCGAGUAUUGGAAGAUACUUUUAUCUUAGAGAUACCUCCUCCAUUGAGAAUCUAAUGGAGUUUGAAUACAACAACGCCAUGAGAGAGACUCAAAAGAAGACAAAGAAAACAAAAUAA